AAAAUUCUGAAUUUGAUGCUGAUUAGUUGAACAAGAUAGCAUCAGCAUCAUGAAAACCACGUAGGACGACUAGACCAUAAUUGCACAAGAAGUCCAGGGAUCAUGAUGAAUGCAUUCAAAUUCUUAAGGAGAAAGCCGUAGCUGCAGCUACCGGUGUUGAUGAAUGCUGCUACCUUAACUUAAAGCACCAGUGAUGAAUGCGGCGUGUGUGGGUGUGUGUUGGGUCCGCGCUAUGCGCCGUAACGUUGCUAGCAAUUUUCCUCCAUAUUGACCUCUAUCUUCGACAUCAAGAGCACUAUGGAGGAGCAGUUCCAUUGCCGGGGGAUUCGACUGUUGUCGAAGCAUCCAACCGCGGACCCAGUGACGAUGGACAUCAUAGCCGAGCAGAGGUUAAGGGUUACCACAUUGCAUUCUUCACUACGAUUCUUCGCCGUUUUUCAAGUAGAAAAAUGGUGGAGGAUGAUCUAAAGAACGCAGUGUCACAACCACUAAGGAAGACGAGGACAAGAAGAAGACAGGAGUUGACGCGGGAGGGCAGGUGGCAUCAUCAGAAAAUAGGAGUGAGGAGACUGUGGCAUCAUCAGAAAACAAGAAUGUGCAAUUACCCAAUCCAUCAUCUUCAGUUUUGUCACCAAAAGGAGGUAUUGAGGAGCCAAAAAGAGACAGCACGACCACGAAGAAGAAUGAGGAAUCAAACCAACAAGAAUCUUCUUCAUCAACCGAUUCUGCUUUGCUAACAACUUUGCUACGAGGUUCCGGGAAGCUUCUCAAUGAAGGGAACAAAGCAGGCUUACAACCUCCUCACCAAGAUGGUACAGGUACAACUGGCGCUCAAAAAGAAACCCAAGCCACGGGGGGAACUACUACACCCGUUACGACCGCGCCAACCUCUAGUACAAUCAAGAAUGAAGCGACGUCUGCUUUAUCAGCAACGACAACUACAGAAAUUCCGAAGAAAAAGUACCCCAUCGAUUUCGAUACACCAGCUGGAACCGCUUUGCUUCCUGCAUCAGUAAUCGGGGUCGUGGUGAUGGCCUGUCGUCGCAGCGACUAUCUGGAACGGACAUUGAAUGGACUGUUUGAAGCACGUCGCGAAUUGGAUCCUGAUCAGUACCCGAUUGUGGUUUCUCAAGAUUGCCUGCCGAAUAAUGACGUUUCGAGAGUUGUCGAAGAGAAGUUUGGGUACUUACUAUUCUCGACGCUAUCUUGAUCUUGAAGUCACUGUUGAUGUCGCUGGUACUAGAGCGGUCUGCCACACUCUUGUUUCCUAUCUGUUUUUAGUUGUCCUACAACUGGAAACUCGUAAGCGACAUUUCAGCUUUCCGUAUCAAUGAAGGAAAUCGUCAAUGAAGGAAAAACCUCCUCUCCUUCUCCUACUUGUCACCUCAAAAUAAACAGAGAUCGCGUCCAUGGUAGAAUCCUGUACGAGCAUGCGCCGAUCGUCGCUCCAAAGGUUGAACCUGGGGAGUCUUCUAAGGGCACGCAACAGACGCUGUUGAAACUAGGCUAUGCGAAGAUUGCCAACCAUUUCAAAUACGCUUUAGAGAAAACGUUUAGUCGUUUCUGGCAAGCAAUAUUUCUGGAGGACGAUUUGCAAGUGGCGCCUGACUUCUUUGGUUAUUUUCGAGCGGCUUUGCCUUAUUAUGGAUUUGGUUAGUUCCGUUUGGUUAGUUUGGUUGCAAACCAAAACUUUUGGAGUGUCUUCGUUCCUAUUUCUAAGCGACGAAAACUUUUGGAGAGUCUUCGUUUCUAUUUCUAAGCGACGAAAACUUUUGGAGUAGAGUCUUCGUUUCUAUUUCUAAGCGAAUCAAACUUUUGGAGAGUCUUCGUUUCUAUUUCUAAGCAUUAUUAUAAAAAUGGGGCGAUGCCAUCCUGGUGGUCGUGGUGAUGAGAUUGUCUUUGUCUUUUUAGUCAUACUUUUACGCAAUCAAUCUCUCUAAAAGUCCUACAAGAUGAUGAAGUUUUACUAGAUGACUACUAGAGGGCUUAGGCGAGCGUCUGUUGAAAUACCUCUGGCUAGGCACAUUCAUUUACUCAUUCAUGCUGGUUUUGAUGACGUAUAGGUAGUAGACAGCGACAUCCGACAUCCUCUCCAAUCCCUCCUCAUUCAUAAUUCCCUCCUCGACGAAAAGAGUCACUUGUUUUGCGUGUCAGCGUGGAACGACCAAGGGCUCACCUCCCUCGUAGAAGACGCAGCUGCUGUGCAUAGGACCGAGAUUUUUCCAGGACUCCUACGGCGUUCAAGGAUUAUUUUCAUGUGGAUUCAUUUCCAAAGAGCCUUUUUUUUACCUGGUGUUCCUAGUAAACCUACUUAGGAGAACUUGAACUGACUAGACCUCAUGACCUUCUUUCCUAAGGAUGCGGAUUAGGGUUUGGGUUUAGGGUUUAGGACUCUUGGAGACGCAAUGAUGGCCGUCGUGAUGCCCUCCUCUAACAUCUGGCUGGAUGGCAACGCGCAAGCUAGUAGUGGAUGAGUUGCUACCGCAAUGGCCGCCAGGAUACUGGGAUGAGUUUAUGCGGAAACCCGAAAUAAGAAAAGAUCGGCAAUGCCUGAGACCAGAGAUAAAUCGAGUGUGGCAUUUUGGUAAGUACCUGUUGAUUUUUCUUGCUUCAGAGGAUGGAAGAAACCUUUAUGAGUUUACUAUGACGCCGUGCGGCAGUCUGCGCUGAAUUCUGCGCGAGAUUAAUUGCAUUGUUUUAUCGGAACUCGCUCGCACUACAAAAAAAAAAAAGUUUGUAUUGUAUUGUAUUGUAUUAGACCACCGGAAUCGACGACGUCAAAAAUAGAAGAAGCACCACCAUCAUGAUAUUUUUACUUCCAUCUCUCCGCCUUCAUCUAAUCACAGGCUUCAUAGGAGAGAGCCGUGGUCAAUUUUCGAAGUAUUGGACGAAGAUCAGGAUGAACGACAAGGCUUUUGACUGGCAAUCCGAGGAAAUGAAAGUCCGCAUGCAGAGAGCAGGAGAUCCUUAUGGCUCCUUUGGCUGCAAUAUGAUGAUGAUGAUGCUGAUGGUCUAUCCUUUUAGUCCCAAAGCAACAUCUCAGAAGAUGAAUGAAGUUACCGCGUCUCUAUCCUUUUAGUCCCAACAGCAACAUUCUGAAGAUGAAUGAAGUUACCGCGUCUCCAUCUGCUUGAUAGGGCUCCCAACAAUAUUGAUGAACAAUAUGAGUCAGGCGUAACUCAUAGAGCUCUAAAAAACGACUCGCUAUGAGGCAUACAUAGCGGCGGAAAUCGGACGUGCGAAGGAUAUUGCAUCGCCGGGUGAGAUUCAAAGAUACACUGCUGAGGGGGGUCGAACUACGUCUCAAGAUAGGCCAGCAUAUGUCCUGCGAUACCGAGAUCUACCAUCUUACCUGCGAAUCGCGUCUGUCUUUUAUGCAGCCCAUGCUGUUCGUGUUUAACAAUGUUUUUUACCCAUAUUAUCCUAGCGCAAUCUAAUGUUCCCCACCUGACGAUGCGGCUGUAGAAGAUAGUAGAAUAGUCAGUGGUCGUGCAGUGUAUCAUUCGAGCUGCGUUCGCGCAGCAACUACGAGGAAAAUAUUCUUCUUCACAUCUACUGUAUCAGUGACAAUACCUUUAUCAGGUCGCAACGGAAUCAGGCAGCUUUCUUGAGUUGUCACGUGGUUCGCAAAUGAAUGAAUGAAUGAAUGAAUUUAUCAACAAUAUCAACAAUGAAGCUUGCUAGUUUUUCUGGCGGGCCCCCACCUAACCUAACCUAGCAAGCAGUGCAAACGAUCACUACAGUUGUAUCUACGGUGAAGAAGCCUCCCUCAAGGGGCCUAAGCAGCCAGCAAGCUAGCUAUGGCUAAGCAGCUAGCUAUGUAGCUAUGGCCAAGAGUGCAAGCAGUCUUCGCCUCGCUCCAGCAGCUCUGGAGCCUUGUCCCCUGCAGCUUCCUUGUAACUAGCUAGUUUAACUACCUUAACCACCUAUAGAAAAUUUCAGGGAGUCCUCUUCCCUAUCUUCGUCUAAUUCAUCCAGCUGAUGCCUGACAUGAAGGAGAACAACGUACGCGGAUCUUAUAGGCAUGUCCUGCCGUUUUUUUGGGAGGGCAACCGCAUCUACCUAGUCCGCUAUUGGCCCAAGGAGAGUGACCGGGGUGUCUAUCCUGCAUGGAAGCUAGGUGAUAAGAAGCCAGGUGAUAAGAGUUCUUUGACAUUAUAGGCUUAGGAUAGGUUGCUUCUCCACUCCAAUCUUUGCGUGAGAUCCAUCGUGUGUAUCAUCUAUGCCGCCCUUGUGGCAGUCUGCACUGAACUUUGUGCGAGAUAAAUUGCCUUGUAUUGUAUAUAAUUGUACUUGGACGCGAGCACGACACUCACGCCAGGUGAUAAGAAUUAUUCGGACAAGAGCGCACCUUUGGUAGCAAUUUAGAAAGAGCUUCUUCGACGCGAACGCGACACCCACGCCAUCAACUUAGAGACAGCUGCAUCAUAAUCCUUCAUCAAGGAUGACAUUAUACUUUUCUACGCAUGACGAGGUAAGGUGUUCCUGGCGAUCUUCAUGCUAUGGAGUUUGUGUCGUACUCCUACUCGUAGAAGUCGCCGCUUGGAUUUUUUGAAUCUGAAACUAACAUGUCAACCAUAAGCUUUACAAACCAACUUCCUCCAGAACCUCUCCUUUUUCCCCAAGUGAAGCCAAGUCCCUUUCGCGGCCCCACCACCACGCACUACAGUGAGAUCCUAUACAAAUUCUGUUGCUUGCACAAACUAUUUUUUUGAGCAACGAU